AGUCUGCAGACUUCGCAGCGGGCCAAGUGCAGCGAGCUCGGAGCCCGCGGGGGCGGAGCGGUGACAGCAGCCGCCAAGAGAAGUGCGGCGGCGGUGGCGGCGGCAGCCUGCUUGAUCACACCCCCGGCCGGCCCGGCCAGCGAGCGAGCGAGCGCCUGGCUCCGGCGUCCAUGGGGCGCCUCCUCCGCGCCGCAUCGAUCCCGGCCCACUGCGCGCGCCGGUCCUGACCUGGACUUGGGACUUAGGAAGAGGAUCGCGCGGCCGGGACAGGUGUUGCAGAGCACCAUGGCUGAACAACUCCUUCCCCAGGCUUUGUAUUUGAGCAACAUGCGGAAAGCUGUGAAGAUACGAGAGAGAACUCCAGAAGAUAUAUUUAAGCCUACCAAUGGGAUCAUUCACCAUUUCAAAUCCAUGCACCGGUACACGCUGGAAAUGUUCAGAACUUGCCAGUUUUGUCCCCAGUUUCGGGAGAUCAUCCACAAAGCGCUCAUUGACAGAACCAUCCAGGCCUCCCUCGAAAGCCAGAAGAAGCUGAACUGGUGUCGAGAAGUCAGGAAGCUGGUGGCCCUGAAAACGAACGGCGAUGGAAACUGCCUCAUGCACGCUGCUUCCCAGUACAUGUGGGGUGUUCAGGACACAGACUUGGUCCUGAGGAAGGCACUCUUCAGCACUCUCAAGGAGACAGAUACACGCAACUUUAAAUUCCGCUGGCAGCUGGAGUCUCUUAAGUCUCAGGAGUUUGUGGAAACGGGGCUUUGCUACGACACUCGGAAUUGGACCGAUGAGUGGGACAGCCUCGUCAAAAUGGCAUCCACAGACACACCCAUGGCCCGAGGUGGACUUCAGUAUAACUCACUGGAAGAAAUACACAUCUUUGUCCUUUGCAACAUACUCAGAAGGCCGAUCAUUGUCAUUUCAGACAAAAUGCUGAGAAGUCUGGAAUCGGGUUCCAAUUUCGCUCCUUUGAAGGUGGGCGGGAUUUACCUGCCUCUGCACUGGCCGGCCCAAGAAUGCUACCGAUACCCCAUCAUUCUCGGCUACGACAGCCAGCACUUUGUACCCCUGGUGACCCUGAAGGACAGCGGCCCUGAAAUCCGAGCUGUUCCACUUGUUAACAGAGAGCGAGGAAGAUUUGAAGACUUAAAAGUUCACUUUUUGACCGAUCCUGAAAACGAGAUGAAGGAAAAGCUCUUGAAAGAGUACUUGAUGGUGAUCGAAAUCCCCGUCCAAGGCUGGGACCACGGCACCACCCAUUUGAUCAAUGCUGCAAAGCUGGAUGAAGCUAACUUACCAAAAGAAAUAAACUUGGUAGAUGAUUACUUUGAACUCGUCCAGCACGAGUACAAGAAGUGGCAGGAGAACAGUGAGCAAGAGCGGAGAGAGGCGCGCGCUCAGAACCCUUUGGAACCUUCCGUGCCCCAGCUCUCCCUCAUGGACGUAAAAUGUGAAACGCCCAACUGUCCUUUCUUCAUGUCCGUGAACACCCAGCCUUUGUGCCACGAGUGCUCCGAGAGGCGGCAAAGCAACCACACCAAGUCCUCAAAGCUGCACUCCAAGCCGGGCCCCGAGGGGCUCCCAGGCGCGGCGGCCGGGGCCUCGCGGGGUGAGGCCUACGAGCCCGGGGGCUGGAGCCCCGAGGAGCCGACCGGGGGGCCUCAUUCGGCCCCUCCGACGGCGCCCAGCCUUUUCCUGUUCAGCGAGACCACCGCCAUGAAAUGCAGGAGCCCCGGCUGCCCUUUCACGCUGAACGUGCAGCACAACGGAUUCUGUGAGCGGUGCCACCAGGCCCGGCAGCUUAACGCGGGCCACACCUCGGACAGCGUGAGGCACUUAGACCCCGGGAAGUGCCGAGCCUGCCUGCAGGAUGUCACCAGGACGUUUAAUGGAAUCUGCAGUACUUGCUUCAAAAGGACUACGGCAGAGCCCUCCUCGGGCCUCAGCUCCAGCGUCCCUCCUUCCUGUCACCAGAGGUCCAAGUCGGACCCCUCGCAGCUCAUCCAGAGUCUCUCCCCACAUUCUUGCCGCAGAGCUGGGACCGAGGCUCCCUCUGGCUGCCUCUCUCAGGCCCCACGGACUCCAGGGGACAGGACAGGGACGAGCAAGUGCAGAAAAGCCGGCUGCAUGUAUUUCGGGACUCCAGAAAACAAAGGCUUCUGUACGCUGUGUUUCAUCGAGUACAGAGAAAACAAACAUUUCGUCGCCGCUUCCACGAAGGCCAGUCCCACGGCCCCCAGGUUCCAGAAUGCCGUCCCCUGCCUGGGGAGGGAAUGCGGCACCCUCGGAAGCACCGUGUUCGAAGGGUACUGCCAGAAGUGUUUCAUCGAAGCGCAGACCCAGAGAUUUCACGAGGCGAAAAGGACUGAAGAGCACCUGAGAUCGAGCCAGCGCAGAGACGUGCCUCGGACCACGCCGAGCGCCUCGAGGCCCAAGUGCGCCCGGGCCUCCUGCAAGAACAUCCUGGCCUGCCGCAGCGAGGAGCUCUGCAUGGAGUGCCAGCACCUCAGCCAGCGAGCGGGCCCGACGCCGCACCGGGGCGAGCCGGCCCCCGAGGAGCCGCCCAAGCAGCGCUGCCGCGCCCCCGCCUGCGACCACUUCGGCAACGCCAAGUGUAACGGCUACUGCAACGAGUGCUUCCAGUUCAAGCAGCUGUACGGCUGACGGCAGCGGUGGCCCGCCCGGCCGCCGGGGGCCUCGAGCCACUAGCCAGCAUGGUGCUAUGCCCUCAACGCGCUGACGCCGCCGAGGGCCGUCCCCGCGGCAGAGAGCUCCCGGGGGCUUCCAGCCGGGAGGGAAGAUAAGCUCUCGGUCGCCGUCGUGGGGAACGUUCCCAGGCGGCCCUCGAGCGAAGCUAGCGACUGGCGGUGGAUGGUGUCGGUCCGGCCCAGAGCUCGUCCUCACCUGCCACGCGGAAGGCCGGGAGCCGCGUGGCCUCGGGACGCGUGGCAGGACCGCUCCGUCGUCCCGGGCGGGCCGGGGAACCCGGAGCCCUUCCUCCCGGCCAGCCCCGCGUCGGCCUCGCUCACAGACGUGAAGCCGAAGCCCCACGGCCCGCGGGCCCUCUGCCAGACGCCCGGGAAGCUCAGGGAGAGUGGACAUAUUCAGAGAGUCAGUAGUUAGUGGUUUUUCCCCACCUGCCUGGCUCCUUGCCCACGGACACGGCAGAAGCAGAACCAUCCACAGACUGAUUCUGAGGCCUGCUGCAACCGAACACGUUCACACUGAAAAGCAAGCCAGCUGCUCUUUACAGUAUGCACCUUGGAAAAAUCCAGUUAUUUCCAUAGGGGGAAGACGUGUGACUGUCUUGGUUAUCACCGUCUUCCCUUCGAAGUUAGGGUGAUGUGUGCAUCAAAGUGUGUACAUGUAUAAUGUGCCCUUAUAUUACGUAUGAGGGAUUUUUUUCUUAUUCCGGUGAAAUGCUGCCCUAGAGAUUUAAGUAGGAAGACUGAAUAACAACCUAUUUUCUGGUUGUUGUCAGGGGCACCGUCUGUAUAUAGCUUGCGUGAAUUUAACCAGCUGCCUUGUUAAAGUGAGCUCUCUGUUGUGUUUACGUAAGUCACUUUAUUUAUUUUAUUGCAAACUUCAACAUUAUUUAAAUGAAGAUGUUUCUUCUGCUUUGGGGAAAACGCUUGCUGUAGUGUCUUGAAAUAACAUGGUCAUAGUGGUUCGUGUCACCGGCACCGGCACAAGUCCCUGACUGCGUUGGGGAUUUGGCCUCUUCGAUGCACUUUGGUUUGCCUUCCCUAAGAAAGAAGGAAUUGCAUCAAAGGUUAAUUCAUUAAAAGCUCAUGCUUCUUAAUGAAGCUUUCGGUCAGAGCCACUUCUCAGCCAUAUGAUAAGAAACAGUAGAGACAUGCAUCUGAGUAUCCUACCUCCUUAGAGAUAAGAUUAGGAAGGAACAGGGAUGAGAUUGGAGAAGGUCACCGGGAAGGUGUGGCCUUUAAUGAUGGUUCUAUUUGCUGUGCUAACGCUAUGUCCCCAGGUGCUGGCAGUGACCUCACAUCCAGUGGCCCCUUAGCAUUGGGACAGCAAAACCCUGUGACCAUGAGCUUAAGGAAAUUUCUUUCUGUCCUCAGCCUGCAGUUUCUCGAUAUGCUUUGUAUUCUUGUCCUACUUGUUCUAGACAAAACGGGGAAACACAUUGUUCCCAGAGGUAAAGGCUGCCUUUUUUUUUUUUUUUUUUUUUGGUCUGGAACUUACAACCUGCAAAUAUUAGCCGUCUAUAA